CAAGCUCGCCUCCCGCAAGCCGAGGCAUGUUAUUUUCAAGUGUUCUGUGGUUGGCGGUGUCCAGUCUAGUUUAUACUUUUAAAUUUUAAAGAAAAAUGCAGUAGACUUUUCAGAAAUAUUUAAAAAAAUCUUAAAAAAAUUAAAAUUAAACCGGUUUGCUGAAUGAGAUGUAAUUUAUCAGAAUAAUGAUGGAUCAAGAGAACAGAGUAGUUGUGUUGAUUGAUAUGGACUGUUUCUACUGCCAGGUGGAAGAGAAACUCAAUCCUGAACUAAAAGGAAAGCCUAUCGCUGUGGUGCAAUACAAUCCGUGGAAAGGAGGAGGAAUUAUUGCAGUGAACUAUGCCGCAAGAUCCAUGGGAGUCACUCGGCACAUGAGGGGUGAUGAAGCCAGGGAGAAGUGCCCCGAAAUCCAGCUGCCUUCGGUGCCAUGUCAGCGGGGGAAAGCUGAUAUCAGCAGAUACAGGGACGCGGGCAAGGAAGUGGCGAGAGUGCUCCAGAAGUUCACACCUCUGCUGGAGAGAGCGUCCAUCGAUGAAGCAUAUUUAGAUAUCACAGCUCCUGUACGAACGAGGCUCGCCACCCUGGACGUGCAAACACUGAGAGGCGACAUGAUGCCCGACACGUUCUGCGUGGGCUACGGCCGGCUGGAGGAGUUCGUGUCGGAAGUGCUCGCCGGCGGCUCGGACUGCAUCGACUUCGAUCCCGAGCACGCGAAGCAGCUGCUGGUGGGGGCUCUGAUCGUGAGCGAGAUCAGAGCCGCAGUGCGGGCGGAGACCGGGUACGCGUGCUCGGCCGGCGUGGCGCACUGCCGCAGCCUGGCCAAGCUGGCGUGCGGCCUGCGCAAGCCCGCCCGGCAGAGCGUGCUGCCCAGGCACGCGCUGGCCGCGCUGUACCGGACGCUGCCGAUAAAGAAAAUGAAACAUUUGGGAGGAAAGUUCGGCGAUGCGGUCUGUGAUGUGCUGGGAAUCAAAACCAUGGCAGAGUUAGAACAUUUUACAGAAAAAGAGCUACAAGCCAAAUUUGAUGAAAAAAACGGCACUUGGCUGUACAACAUUGCGCGCGGAGUCGACCCGGAGCCGGUGCGAGCGAGAUUCAACCCGAAAAGCAUUGGCUGCUGCAAACAGUUCAAAGGCAAAGCGGCUCUAAUAGACUUGCACAGCUUGGAGAAGUGGCUCAGAGACUUGGCAGACGAAGUCGAAGGCCGACUGGAGCAGGACGCGCUAGAGAGCAACCGCACGCCCAGACAGAUGGUCGUGAGCUUCGCCGUGCAGGCGGCCGGCCGGGACGCUAGCAGCUCUCGCUCGUAUAACUUUUCGCCCGUUGAUGAUCUCCGCGGCUCAACGUUUGCAAGCAAGGCGCUCGAAUUGGUUCUGGAAGGCGCUGAAGGCAGCAAACCGAAGGAUGAUGAAAACAACAGGAGAUUAAAAUCACCUAUUAAAUUUUUGGGCAUCAGUGUUGGCAAGUUUGAAGACAAUAAUGAAACCAAAAAAACAAAAAGGAUUAACGACUUUUUCGCAGCUGGAGCCUCGAAAGAAACUAUUCGAUUAUCAAAUGAAAAUACCAUAAAAGUUAGACGAAAAAACAGUGAAGACAAAAACUAUGUACUGGAAAAAUUUUUGAGUGCCGCUAAAGAGGUACAGAAAAUUAAUAAGAGAUUAGAAAAUUGUGUUCAUGAAAAUAUUGAUAGGACACUAGGCAUAGAGGCAACGCUGGAUAAACAAGAGUCAUUUUUUGCUAAAUUCCUCAACGGAAUUAAUAAAACCGAAGAAAUCAAAGGGGAUGAAUCUCAAGCUGAAGUGAACCCUAUGAAUAUCGAAGUCAAUCGAUCGAACACGCCUGAAUGCAAUGUCAUUCCUUGCGGGGACGACAGCGUCGACACAAACUACUCCGGCUCGACAAUUGAUGAAGAAAUCAACAAAAGUAUUGCGCUCUUCGAGGCAGACCCAGAUGAUAGCACACGUGUCAGUAACAUGAGAGAAUUAUUGAACAGCAAUGAAGAAAACUUGCGAACCGACGACAGCGAACCACUCAAAGCCGAACCCGAGCCGAGCCCACCCAUCGUGAAACCGAAACCUCAACACAUCGAGACUAUACGUUGCUCCGAAUGCGGUAAGUCCAUACCCGUCAACAAAUUCGAUGAACAUGCCGAUUACCAUUUAGCGUUAAAGUUGAGAGAGGAAGAGAGAAAAGAAAUGCGUAAAGAUCGAGAAAGAAGGACGGUCAACGGUCUCAGCGAUAAAGAAAAAGAUAUCAAGAAGAAGAAACCGGAAGAAACGAGUAAUAAAAAGGAGACAAGGACUUCGAUAACAAAUUAUCUAACAAAAAUAGACAGCGGCGUGCCCACCACCGCGUGUGCCGAGUGUGGAAAAAAGGUCGCAGCAGAAAAGUUUUCGGAGCACCAAGACUUCCACCAAGCGCAAAGACUCAGCAGGGAGUUGAACCCGCGCCCGCGCGGCGCCAAGCGGAAGGCGUCCCCGGGAGGCGAGCCCAAGCGGCCGUGCAAGCCCAUCGACCACUUCUUCGGCUCGCGCGGCGCUGCCAGCUCAACCGAGCCGCGCGAUCAGAUAAAUGAUCGACCCGGUCUUCACUUUCACUAGUGAGAGCUAUAAUAGAAGGAAGAUUCGGUUAAUUAUGAAUAUGAGCCGACAAAUAAUAUCGAUCUUAAUGUAAAAUCAAAUCAUGUGGAUAUCUUGAAAUGUGUAAAUAAAUGAUUUUUUUUUUUAAUUUUCUGAA